ACGGUGGCAAAAUGGCUGCGGCGGGAGCGGGUGUUAGUUCGCCGGUGUGCAUCCUGGUGUUGGGCAUGGCCGGUUCCGGGAAGACGGGGCUCGUGCAGAGGCUCACUGCCUACCUGCACAGCAAGAAUUCCCCUCCGUAUGUCAUCAACUUGGACCCCGCAGUCCAUGAGCUCCCUUUUCCAGCAAAUAUUGACAUUCGAGACACUGUGAAGUACAAAGAAGUCAUGAAGCAAUAUGGAUUGGGCCCAAACGGUGGCAUCGUGACAUCUCUUAAUCUUUUUGCUACAAGAUUUGAUCAGGUGAUGAAAUUUAUUGAAAAGCGACAGAAUGCAUCUCAGUAUGUCCUAAUUGACACACCUGGACAGAUUGAGGUGUUCACCUGGUCAGCCUCGGGCACCAUCAUCACCGAAGCCCUGGCAUCGUCGUUCCCAUGCGUGGUGGUUUAUGUGAUGGACACCUCUCGCAGCACCAAUCCUGUUACUUUCAUGUCCAACAUGCUGUAUGCUUGCAGUAUCCUGUACAAAACAAAGCUCCCAUUUAUCGUGGCCAUGAACAAGACAGACAUCAUUGACCAUAGCUUUGCAGUGGAAUGGAUGCAGGACUUUGAAGUCUUCCAAGAUGCUCUCAACCAAGAAACAAGCUACGCCAGUAAUCUGACCCGCUCCAUGAGCCUGGUGCUGGAUGAGUUCUACAGCUCACUUAAGGUGGUUGGUGUUUCUGCUGUCCAGGGAACUGGGAUGGUAGAAUUUUUUGAACAAGUAUCCAGUGCAGUUGAUGAAUAUGAAAGGGAAUACCGCCCCGAAUAUGAACGCCUAAGGGAAAAAAUGGAAAGAGCUGAGAGCCAGCGCCAGCGUGAACAGCUGGACCGUCUGCAGCAAGACAUGGGCACCGUCCCCAUGGAGAACAGUCCAGCCAGCUCAGGCUCAGCAGCUGAGGCUGCAUCAGGCCCUUCCGCACUGAUCCUGACACGAGGAACUUUGGAGGAUGAGGACGAGGCCCCGGAGAGUGAUACGGAUGACGUUGACCAUCAAGUGACCGAGGAAAGCCAUGAAGAACCAGCCUUUAAAAACUUCUUGCAGGAGGCCAAACAGCGCUACCCAGCUAGAAGCAGCCACUAAGGGAAGAGGAUGCCCAAAUGGGUGGAUUCAAGAACAUGAGGAUGCUGCAGAGCAAAACUGGUUGUAUCCCCUCUGCCCAAGAACAGGCGGCAUUGGCCUCAGUGACAAUUCUCUGCCGGCCACACAGGGUUGAGUUCAGAACACUUCUGUUUAGAGAAGGAGCUGAACCGAGACUUGGGCAUUCAGCACGGUUCCCCUUCCUCAGCCCUUGGCUUCCUUUGGACAGAUGUGUGCAGCUGGUUUUCCACUUUUUUGUGUGUGAGGGAGGACAAGACAGCCUGGAGAAACCUCCCCAUUCAGCAGGGUCGCAGGCAGUUCUGCAGAUGGCGCCCAACCAGGGUUUCAGCAAGGACUCGGGAACGGUGUGUGUGCCUGUCUCCCAAAGUCCAUGUGAUUUGAUUCCCAUGCAUGGUUGAUUUUGGUUUUUUUUUCUUUUGUAACUUAUUAUAAAAUGUAUAUU